UUUCUUUCUUUCUUUCUUUCUUUCGAGUGCAAGCCAGGGAGAGGGGCAGAGAGAGAAAGAGGGAGGGAGAGAGACAAUGAAUCAUAAGCAGGCUCCAUGCUCAUGAUUGGAGCCAAAACCCAAGAGUUGGAUGCUCAACCAAUAGCCACCCAGUUGCCCCAAAGAACUUCAUAUACUUUAAACUGUUGUUAAAAUCUCUCUGCAGUGGGGCGCCUGGGUGGCUCCAUCAGUUAAGUGUCCGACUCUUGAUUUCGGCUCAGGUCGUGAUCUCAUGGUUCAGUUGAUGAGUUCGUGAGCCCCACAUUGGGCUCUGCAAUGGUAGUGCAGAGCCUGCUUGGGAUUCUCUCUCUCCUUCUCUGUCUCCCCCUCUGCCCCACUUAUGUUCUCACUCCCUCUCUCAAAAUAAACAAGCUUAAAAAAAAAUCUCUCUGCAGUACCUGCCCCUCUGGCCCCAAAUCCUCAUUCUCUCUUCUUUAGCUUGAAUUGCCACUCUGGAUUUUCUCUUUAAUGGCACGAUGUUGUGCAGCUGUCUGUCACCUGGGUGCCAGUCCCUUGGGAAGCGUCUGUCCAGUACCUCAUUACUGUGGACCCCACUUGUUGGAGCCCGGCUGGGGUCUCGCAGGACUCUGCUCUGAGCCCCUUGCUCACUUUUACAUGAUGGCUGUGAGCAGGAAAGCCUUGCCCUGGUGGCUCCCACCUUGUUCUGGUGGCUCCCAGGGCUGGGUGUUGUAGGGUGUCCCUUUGUUUUGUUUCUAGUUGGCUAAAUCCUGACCUCUCUCACCCACACUUGUUUGUCAGGCAGGUACCUCGGCUGUGCCUUCGCAGCACCUGAGUUCUUCACUCCUCUUGCCACAUGGCCACCCUGAUCUCCCACCCGGCUGCGUGCCAGAGUGGCUUUGUGACACCUGCCUGGCUCUGUCCUUGCCCCUGGUAGUCUGUCCUAAGCACAGCCCCUGGUCCUCUUAGAUACACGCCAGUCAGGUUGUGUUACUUUCUUGCCCCUUCCCUCCUGGUGCUAGGGUCUGCGCAGUGGCUGUUCCCACUGCCUGGCACGCUUUUCCCAGACACAAGUCUUUGCUCAAGUGCCCCUCCCGACCCCCUGUGUCCCCAGGCCAGUCCCCUCAUCCUGCUCUGCCUCCCCCUUUCCCAGUAUUUAUCACCCUCCAGUAUCAUUUAUUUUUUCAUCUCUGUUGCGUUGCUUACCCACCCCCACCCCCAGGAUGUAAUUUCUCAUGAGGACAGGAAUCUUUGGGUUUUUUCUUCUUCUUGCCGCCCAUCUAUCCCAAGUGUCCACAGCAGUACCUGGCCCAUAGUAGGUGCUCAGUAAAGAAAGCAUGCCUGCCGGAGACCUACCUUUAUCUCCUCCUGUCCCCACUUCCCUUCCUUCAAGCAAGUGCGGCUGACAAGUGUUAAGCACAUGCUCUCACAGAUGCAAAAGAUCAGAUGUCAGUGGUCAGGGUCAAGUGGAAGUCCAUCUGUGCCCAGCACCAUGUGUGUGUGGCUCCGCGAGACUGGAGAUGAUGCGCUGGAAACUGCCCUCACCCCACCAGCUUGCCAGCCGUGCAUCCAUUAGGGACAUUUACAUGGUUUCUCAGAGUCCGUUCUGGAAGAAGUCAUGACAACCAAGAGGUGAUGAUGUCUGCUUUAUCUGUUAAACGAGGGAAGGUUUUUGGUCACACCUGGACCAGCUCCCUGGUCCCCUCAAGCUCUGCUUUCUCAGCAGCCAGGCCUGUCACCGGGCCACACACAAAAAAGGCUGGAUUCGUCUGACAGGAAGCCAAGGUGGUAGCAAAUUAAUUUCUCCGAUGAAUCAUUCAGCAGUCAUGCUGGAAGAGAGCAUUGUUUGUCUUCCAAGGUUUGUAUCCAAGUGCAGUAGUGGUUUUCUGACUUGUAAAUGGCUGAUCCCACCUAAGACGCUUAGAGUGGAAGGAAGGGAGCCAUGUUAAGUUGGGAAACCCAGCUCAGAGAGGAGAGGGAACUCCUUCAGAAGCAUAUGGCUUGAUGGCCCCAUAGGUAAGAGACGCAUUUGUCACUGUUAAGUUCUGCAGAUGGAUAUAUACGUGGGUCAUCGGGGAGUGGCCACCGUCAUCCUUCAGCCCGGUGCUGUGUGGAUUUUAAACACAAGGCAAGAUACCCGGGUCCGUGGAGGGGCUGUCCCCAUAUCCUACAGAGUGCUGUCUGUGAAUACAGCUGGAACACUUGAGGAUAGCCUUGGGGAUUCCAUUAAUUGCUAUUCAGUGGGCUGGCCAUUGGUCUUCUGUUUUCUCCCUGUUCUGGUGCUCACUGAAGGGCUUCUAGUGACCGAGAAAGCACCUUGAUGAGUGGGAGCAUUCUGUGCCUACAGGUGCCAUAGCUUCCUCCCAGUUCAUGCAGGCCUCUGUUCUGACGGAGGAAACCAAAGGGCCAAUUUCUGCCCCUCCCCCACCCCCAUAGAAGACUAGAAUGGCCCUGCACCCUUGCUUUUUUGAGUAGGCUACCCCUCGGCCAGAGGCCCACAGAGAAGUUGAGCCCGGCCCUCUCCUCCAGCUUUCGUUGUCAGAUGCCCACCACGCUGGGUCCAGGGCCCCUCCUUGGAAACAAGGAGGCUGUUUUUGCUCAAGAAGUCCCCAGUCCGUGUUGGGGGAGGGAGGAUAGGAAGACCGCGUUGGUAACUGCUGGAUCUUUUCCAGGGUGAGAAGUGAUAUACGUGUGCUUUCCAUAAAACGCAGAGCGGAUGAUGAAUUCUGCCAGGCAGGCCGGGAAGACCUCCUGGAGGAGGCUGUGUGUGGCAGAGCAGCAGAGGAAAGGUGUCCUGGGAGGGAGAAGCCCACAGGAGUGGAACUGUGUUGGGAAUCCCAUGAGGGGCAUCUGUCCUCAGGACACUAGGAGGAAGCUCUGUCACAGCCGAAGUUUACUUUUCAAAGGCCGGAGGGAAACUCCUGGGAUCAAUAUUUAACCCUCGCAGUGUUUGCCUGCUCUCCUGUCAAAGGCAUCCCCAAAGUGCUUUUCAGACCCUGUGGAAGCCUUGCCUCCUAGUCCACACGGCACAGCUCUGCCUUCUGCAGACUAGCAGGGAGCCUGUGUGGGCUGUGUGCCUGUGGCUUGCUCCCUGUAGCCCGGGAAGAGGGCCCAGAGCUAGGUUUGUUAGGAACAGUCUUCUUGCCCCAGUGAGUGUUCUCUUAAAGAUCUCGAGGGCUGGCUUCCCUCCCCCGCCAUCUCCCUGAGGUUCUGCCCUCCCUAGUGCCGCCGCUUGCCGGGUGACCUGGUGGCAAGCGUCCACCAUCAGGGGUUAAAGGGAGAUUUCUGGUGUUACUUCUCUUAACCUUAUUUUUUUUUUUUUCAUUUCUCCCUCACUGUAAUUUUGUUCUUGUGUGCACAUAUUUUUUUUUUUUUGUAUUUACGAAAAGCUCAGGUUCUUUAUUAUUUUUUUAUGUUUGUUUAUUUUGAGAGCGUGAGGGAGGGAGGGGCGGAGAGCGAGAGGGAGAGAGAAUUCCAAGAAGGCUCUGUCCUGUCAGCACAAAGCCCAACAUGGGGCUCGAUCCCACGAACUGUGAGAUCGUGAUCUGAGCCGAAAUCAAGAGUCGGACGCUUAACCGACUGAGCCACCCGGGGGCCCCAAACCUCAGGUUGUUUAGACAAAGAGGGAAGAAGUAAGUGAGCAAAGGAGAACCAACCUUGUAGCCAUUUGGAUCCUGGUGAUGCUCCCCAUUCUGUCCUGGAGGGAGCAGGCUCAGAAGAGCAUCCAAGUGUGGUUGCAAAUGGUGAGGCUACGGCCUGCUGCUUUGCUCCUGUGCUGCUUGCUGGAUCCGGAAAGGAGUCUUUUGGUCCAUCUAGAACGCCGGGGUUGCUGGACACUUGAGCUGAAAGCCAGCACUUUGCUUUUCCAGGAACGUGAAAAGCUUGGUUAACACGAGGCACAGGCGGGUGUUAGAGCGCAGCCAAAUGCCGGCCUUCGGAACAGCCCUGGGAUCUGCCUGGAUACCAGCCUUUGUUGAGUAAACUUCUUAGCGAUGGUCUGUACACAGAGACGGCUCCCUGGCUGUGGUAACCACGCCAUGGCUUCCAGCAGCACUGUUCCCUGUGGCCGUGGCUGUCCGAGGAGGAGGGACGAGAUGUUGUUUGUGAAAGGGAAGAGCAUGGAAGAAAUAAAGAAGGUGCUGCUGCUGGUGCUGGGCUGUGCCGUCCAGUGUGAGAGGAAAGAGGAAUUUAUUGAAAGAAUCAAACAGCUGGACAUUGAGACCCAAGCCGGGAUCGUGGCCCAUAUACAGGAGGUGACCCACAACCAGGAGAACGUGUUUGACCUGCAGUGGCUGGAACUCCCGGACGUGGCCCCGGAGGAGCUGGAGGCCCUCUCGAGGAACAUGGUGUUUCACCUCAGGAGGCUCAUAGAUGAGCGUGACGAGUGCACGGAGCUGAUCGUGGACCUGACGCAGGAGCGGGACUACCUGCAGGCGCAGCACCCGCCCAGCCCGCUCAGGUCCUCCAGCGCCGAGUCCACCCCCAGCCCCACCAGCAGCCUCUCCAGCGAGGACAAGCAGCACCUGGCCGUGGAGCUGGCGGACACCAAGGCCAGGCUGCGCCGUGUGAGACAGGAGCUGGAGGAGAAGACCGAGCAGCUUGUGGACACCAGGCAUGAGGUGGACCAGCUGGUGCUAGAGCUUCAGAAGGCCAAGCAGGAGAACAUCCAGCUGGCGGCUGACGCCCGGUCUGCCCGUGCCUAUCGCGACGAGCUGGACUCCCUGAGGGAGAAGGCGAACCGCGUGGAGAGGCUGGAGAUGGAGCUCGUGCGCUGCAGGGAGAAGCUGCACGACGUGGACUUCUACAAGGCGCGCAUGGAGGAGCUGAGAGAGGACAACAUCAUUUUAAUCGAGACCAAGGCCAUGCUGGAGGAGCAGCUGACUGCAGCCCGGGCCCGGGGCGAUAAAGUUCACGAGCUGGAGAAAGAGAACCUGCAGCUGAAAUCCAAGCUUCACGACCUGGAACUGGACCGGGACACAGACAAGAAACGAAUCGAGGAGCUGCUGGAAGAGAACAUGGUCCUCGAGAUAGCCCAGAAGCAGAGCAUGAAUGAGUCGGUGCACCUCGGCUGGGAGCUGGAGCAGCUGUCCAAGAACGCAGACCUGUCCGAUGCCUCCCGGAAGUCAUUUGUGUUUGAGCUGAACGAAUGUGCCUCCAGCCGCAUCCUGAAGCUAGAGAAGGAGAACCAGAGCCUCCAGAGCACCAUCCAGGGGCUGCGGGAUGCAUCCCUGGCGCUGGAGGAGAGCAGCCUGAAGUGCGGAGAGCUGGAGAAGGAGAACCACCAGCUCAGCAAGAAGAUUGAAAAGUUACAGACCCAGCUGGAGAGAGAAAAGCAGAGCAACCAGGAUUUGGAGACCCUGAGUGAGGAGCUGAUCAAAGAGAAGGAGCAGCUGCAGAGUGACAUGGAGACCCUGAAGGCAGACAGAGCCAGGCAGAUCAAGGAUCUCGAGCAAGAAAAGGAUCAUCUCAACCAGGCAGUGUGGACGCUGCGGGAGAGGUCACAGGUGAGCAGCGAGGCCCGGGUGAAGGACAUCGAGAAGGAGAACAAAGCCCUCCACCAGACGGUGACGGAGACCAGCAGCAGACUCAGCAAGCUGGAAUUCGAGAAGCAGCAGCUGCACAAGGACUUCGAGCAGGCGAAGGAGAAGGUGGAGCGGGCGGAGGAGCUGGAGAAGGAGCUGCACCGGCUGGAGAAGGACAACGAGAAGCUGGCCAAGAAGGUGGCCUCCCUGAAGACCGCCACCGAGAAGGUGGACGCCCUGGAGCGCGAGAGUCGGGGCCUGGCUCUGGAGAACCGGAAGCUCAGGAAGUCGCUGGACACCCUGCAGAACGUGUCCCUGCAGCUCGAGGGUCUGGAGCGGGACAACAAGCAGCUGGACGAGGAGAACCUGGAGCUGCGCAGGAUGGUGGAGACCAUGCGCUUCACCAGUGCCAAGAUGGCUCAGAUCGAGAGGGAGAACCAGGAGCUCGAGCGGGAGAAGGAGGAGCUGAGGAAGAACGUGGAGCUGCUGAAGGCCCUGAGCAAGAAGUCCGAGCGCCUGGAGCUCAGCUACCAGGGCGUGAGCGCCGAGAACCUGCGGCUGCAGCAGACCCUGGAGAGCAGCAGCCAGAAGUCCCAGGCCCUGGAGCAAGAGCUCGGCGAGCUGGAGGCCGAAAACCAGGUCCUGCGGCGCGACCUGGAGGCCCUUCGGCUCUCCCACAAGCAGCUGGAGAGGGCUGAGAAGGACAGGAAGGCCCUGGAGCAGGAGGUGGCCCAGCUGGAGAAAGACAAGAAGCUGCUGGAGAAGGAGGCAAAGCGGCUGUGGCAGCAGGUGGAGCUCAAGGAGGCGGUCUUAGACGACAGCACCGCGAAGCUGUCUGCCGCCGAGAGGGAGAGCCGCGCCCUGGACAAGGAGCUGGCCCGCUGCAGGGACGCGGCCAGCAAGCUGAAGGAACUGGAGAGGGACAACAGGGACCUCACCAAGCAAGUCACCAUGCAUACGAGGACGCUGACCACCCUGAGAGAGGACCUGGUGCUGGAGAAGCUCAAGAGCCAGCAGCUGACCAGUGAGCUGGACAAACUGAGCCAGGGGCUGGAGAAGGUCGGCCUCCACAAGGAGCUGCUGCUACAGGACGAGAGCAGCCAUGGCGACACAAAGUUCAAGAUUCUGGAGGACAGAAAUGACUCAUUAAAAACAACAUUAGCCCUGAAAGAAGAAAAGAUUGUGUUUUUAGAAGCUCAGAUGGAAGAGAAGGCCAGCCUGAACCACCAGUUGCAGAACGAGCUCCAGGUGUUGAAGACCGAGUGUGAGGUCCUCAGGCAGAACCAGCAGGAAGGGAAGCACUUGGAGAACUCUUUCAAACACCCUGUGGACACUCUGGUCACCGGUCUCCAGGGGAAGGAGCCCUGGGGACCCAGCCACAAGGAAGCCACCAUGGAGCUGCUCCGAGUGAAGGACCGGGCCAUCGAGCUGGAACGGAAUAACGCAGCUCUGCAGGCAGAGAAACAGCUGCUCAAGGAACAGCUGCAGCACUUAGAGACCCAGAACGUGGCCUUCAGCAGUCAGAUCCUGACACUGCAGAAACAGAGCGCCUUCCUGCAGGAGCACAACACCACGCUGCAGACCCAGACGGCCACGCUGCAGGUGGAGAAUUCCACUCUGAGCUCCCAGAGUGCCGCACUCACCGCGCAGUACACGCUGCUCCAGAACCAGCAGACGGCCAAGGAGAGCGAGAAUGAGAACCUGCAGAAGCAGCAGGAGCAGCUGACGGCGGCCUACGAGGCGCUGCUGCAGGACCACGAGCACCUGGCCGCGCUCCACGAGCGGCAGUCCACGGAGUACGAGGCCCUCAUCCGCCAGCACAGCUGCCUGAAGACGCUGCAUCGGAACCUGGAGCUGGAGCACAAGGAGCUCCGGGACAGGCACGACGACAUGCUGAAGCGUCAGGCGGAGCUGGAGGAGCGGGAGAAGGUUCUGAACACCGAGAGGGAGGCACUGCAGCAAGAGCAGAGGACUGGCGCCAUGGCCGUGGGUGAGAACCAGCGGCUGCGGGGAGAGCUGGACAGGGUCAAUUUUCUGCACCACCAGCUGAAGGGGGAGUAUGAGGAGCUGCACGCCCACACCAAGGAGCUGAAAACCUCCCUGAACAACUCACAGCUGGAGCUGAACCGCUGGCAGGCACGGUUUGACGAGCUGAAGGAGCAGCACCAGAACAUGGACAUCUCGCUGACCAAGCUGGACAACCGCUGCGAGCUGCUCUCCCGUCUCAAGGGAAACUUGGAGGAAGAAAAUCAUCACCUCCUGAGCCAGAUCCAGCUGCUGAGCCAGCAGAACCAGAUGCUUCUAGAGCAGAACAUGGAGAGUAAGGAGCAGUACCACGAGGAGCAGAAGCAGUACAUAGACAAAUUAAAUGCCUUACGGAGACAUAAGGAAAAAUUGGAGGAGAAAAUCAUGGAUCAGUACAAGUUCUAUGACCCUGCUCCCAAGAAGAAAAACCACUGGAUUGGAGCCAAAGCCUUAGUCAAACUCAUCAAACCAAAGAAGGAGGGUUCCAGAGAACGACUGAAGUCAACCGCAGACAGCCCUCCCUGGCAGCUGGAGUCCCCAGACCCGACGACGCCAUCUGCCUCCCAGCUCCUCCGGUUGCAGCCAGACAACCCUGAGACGGCCCCAUCUGGCUCCAACUGUGUGGAAGAGCAGGACCCCCUCAACGGGCCUGUGGGGAAAGGCCCUGGGGACCUAAAACCAAAGCAAGGGUCCCCGCACAGAGGCAGCCUUGACCGCACAGAUGCCUCCGCCGACCUGGCCGUGAAACCCUGGCCCUCGGAGCUGAGCUCCCGGACCUGUUCAACCUCAGCCAUCACUACAACCCCUUCCAGCUCCACCCCCAUCUCCCGGCACCCAGGCCGCACCAAAGGCUAUAAUUCAGAUGACAGCCUCUGUGACCCGUCCCUGGAGCUGGAGUUCAACCACAGGCAGUACGUGUCCCGACCAGGCAGCUUGGAGAGCAGUCGAAAUGCAUCCAGCGACAGCUCGCCCCUCAACCUGAAAGGUUCCUCUGACCAGCUCCACAGAAGGUCCGAGAGCUUCAGCAGUGAAGACCUGAUCCCCAGCCGGGACACGGCCACUCUGCCACGGGACGCCAGCACCACGGGACGCGCCGCCCUCAGCCGCCAUGAGUGCCCCCCGCCCCGGAACGGGCCUCUCCCCCAGGAGGGCAUCCAGAAGAGGGGCGCGGGCCAGCCUCACGCUGGGGGACGGCCCAGCUCUGCCUCGCCAAGCAGUGAGAUGGUCACCCUGGAGGAGUUUCUGGAGGAGAGCAACCGGCGCUCCCCCACCCCUGACACUCCCAGCUGCCCGGAUGACCUGCUAAGUGACUUCUUCAGAAAGGCCAGCGGUCUCCCGGCCAUUGGAAGCCAGCCGGGGCCACCUGCCAGGAGAGAAGGGGCCAAGAUGCCCACCAGCUUCGUGGCCCCUACCAUCAAGAUGCCUGUCAACACCCCUGAAGGGAAGUUGCUGAAGCCUGGACAGUACGUGAAGCCAAACUCCAGACCUGCCGAGGCCGAGGCCCCACCCAGUGCCCCCCCGAGGCAGGCCCAGCCCCCCCAGAGCCUGUCACUGGGCAGACCCCGGCAGGCCACGAUGCCCCCGACGUCCCACACACCGGCCGGCCGGAGUGCAUCCCUGAGCCGUGCCUUUAGCCUGGCCUCGGCCGACCUUCUCCGGGCCAGUGGGCCAGAGGCUUGCAAACAGGAGGCCCCUCAGAAGCUGGGGGGUCCUGACACCUCAGGGGGCAGAGAAACAGGCAGUCACGUCCUGCAGAGCCCCACGCCCCCCACCUCCCACAGCCUGGCCCGGGAGCGGACCCCGCUUGCCGGAAAGACCUGCGGCAGCUCCGGUCAAGGCUCAGCCCCCCGCAGCCGGCCCCCGGACGUGAGGCGCUUCUCACUGGCUCCCCCAAAGGAGGAGAGGCUGGUCCCCCUGCAGCAGUCUGCCACGGCCCCGGCCAUCGCCUCCGGAGGUGGCGGUGCCUGUGGCAGCAGCUCCCAGCCCCAGCACUUUCCAUCGGCUGCGGUCCCGGCUGCCAGGACCAAACCCCAGACGCCCCCCCACUCGGGGGAGGCGGCCACCAUCGCCCCUGUCCGGGGGGCGCUCAGCCUCUCAGAGGGAGACGGGGUCCCGAGGCAAGGCCACGGCGAGGGCCUCCCUGCCAAGAGUCCGGGUAGGUCUCCCGACUUGGCUCCGCACACCAGCCGGGCCCCUGAGGACUUCAGCCGCGGAAGCAGCUUGAAGAGCACACCGGCGUCCCCCGAGCCUGGCGGGGACCAGCAGACGGUGUGGUACGAGUACGGCUGCGUGUGACUCGUCCGGACCGGCGGCCCCUGAACCCUGAAACUACUGACUCCCCUUCUGGCGGUGACGGCCUUUGCUUCUGCCCCUGUGGUGCCAGGAAAGGGCUUUAGAAUGAGGAUGGGGGUUCCUGUGCGUCUCUCCUGUUAAUGAAAACACUGUGCCAAGCCCUGCGAGGGUUACACUCCCAGGUGUGUGUCUUCUGUAGCUUCCAGCACCUGAGAGCUUUUGAACAGAUCCACACUUGACGGGGACACUCAGAAUGCAGUGACAGAACCAUUGAAGCAGACACUAUUUGAGCAUGUCCCGGUAGAACACUCAUUUGCAACUCGUUGACCUCUCUUAAGGCACGGGUGUGUGUAUGUGCGUGUGUGCACAUACACUUUCACGUGGCCAAGCCCCCGCGGCUCUGGAAACUCCAUUCCCUCUCCCCAAAGCCGUUUGAUCCUAGGAGAAGUCCAGACUGGCCAAACUACAAAGAUCUUGAGGACCUUGGUGGGGGGACCCCAGAAUUAGGCUUGCUGCUGAAAAUCAGGGGUGGGUGUCGCCAUGCCAUUCCUGGGGUCCCAGGCAAUCCCCUUCUGCCCCAGGGCUAAGGUGGCCUUCUAGGCAGGUGGCAAGUGGCUUCAGGCUUUGGCCUACCCCCCCCCCCCACCAUCCCCCUGCAGCCGGCUCCUGGGCUCUGCAUGGUGGGCUCAGGGGCCACGGGGAGACCUGCCUUCCCUGACUCACUUCUCUACAAACACUGGAUCUGCUGGGGCUGGGGGGCUGGGGGCAGAGAGAGGGCCCUGCCCCAACCCCGACCAGCAAGUGCACAUAGUGUACAGAGGGGAGGUGUGUGCAAGAGUGGGGUACAGCCUCUCCACUUCCCCAGUCUCAGAUGAGAUAUUGAUUUAUUAUUUCUGAAUAACUUCUUGUGGUAGAAACCAAAUUUCUUUUAAUAUAUUACAUAUGUAUGUACACGCCCCUGUGAGAUAUAUGUUCUUUGAGGGGGAAUCUAUUUAUGUUCCACUGGGAGUCCUUCUUUUCCAUCAGGAAUCUUAACCUGCUGCUUUUGUGUAUUUGGUCAGAUUCCUGACACGUUUUGUUUUCUGUUUAGUAAAGGUGCUCUUUCUGGGAUAUACUAAACUUGGUGAUUUUUUUUUUUUUUAAGAUUUAUUUUUUUUUCUUUUGAUUUAAUCCGAGGAAAAAAUGGGAUUGUUAACAAGGUCAGUUUUAGGAGCGCUUUCAGUUGUGUAUUGAAUAGCCAUUCAUUCUGGAACACACGGACAGGAUUGUAAUAAAAUGAGAUGGCAGAGAA